AUGGUCAACAUCAAAGCUCUCGCGAGCAGCUUCGUGCUCUUCAAUGCUGCAUAUGCAGCUGUCACCAAGCGAUCUGACAAUCACUGGCCGAACAACGGAGGUUCUGUACCUACCGCACACGUCAAGAAUGGCACCUACACAGGCUAUUAUGCGGCCGCCUAUGGCACCGAUAACUUCCUCGGCAUGCCAUACAGUCAACCUCCUGUCGGAGAUCUGCGUUUCCGCGUCCCUCAAUCGCUCAACACUACCUGGACUGGAACCAAGAAUGCUACUCAAUACAGCCCGGAGUGUAUUGGCUAUGGCAGAGAUACUUGGAGUCAAGGCAACUACGUCAGUGAAGACUGUCUGACCUUGAAUGUCAUCAAGCCAGCCGGUUCGUGCGAGAAGCUUCCGGUCCUUGUCUGGAUUCAUGGAGGUGGCCUUGUGAUGGGUGGCAGUGCAGAUCAUCGCUACAACCAAUCUUUCAUCGUUCAGCAGUCUGUUGAAGCUGGCAUUCCCAUCAUUGCUGUCAGCAUCAACUACAGACUGUCAUCAUGGGGUUUCCUCUAUGGAAAGGAAAUUCAGGACUCGGGUAACACCAUGAAUGGCUUCAGAGACCAGCGUCUUGCUCUGAGAUGGGUGCAGGAGAACAUUGCUGCCUUUGGAGGCGACCCAGGUCGUGUCACUAUCCAAGGCGAAUCUUCAGGGGGUACCAGUGUCGGUGCUCAACUGCUAGCAUACAACGGAAGGGAUGAUAGUCUCUUCCAUGGAGCCAUCGCUGAAUCAGGAGCUCCUGUUGGGCCUCAACCAGACUUCCAUGUUGCCGACUGGGAGCCCGUCAUUGCCAACAUCAGCAGAGCUACAGGAUGCAACGGCACUGGUUCUGUGCUUGAUUGUCUCCGCAAAGUCCCUACCGAUCAGCUCAACUCUGUCAUCAACUCUACGGUCACGAGAGGAGCUCGCUAUGGUCCUGUUGUUGAUGGAGACUGGUUUACGCAGACUGCCUCGCAAGCUCUUGCCAAGGGCGACUUUCUCAAGGUCCCAUACAUUAUCGGCGUCAAUGAGGCUGAGGGUGUUGGAUUUGGACCAGGAGGUCUCAACACAACUCAGCAAGUUCUCGACUACAUCGUUAGAUCAGGUUACGACAAUGCUACAGCCCACGACAUCGCAAUCCUCUACCCUGAUAUCCCGGAUCUUGGUGUACCUAGCACCCUUCACGGUCGUCCCAAUGCCACCAUCGGACUCCAGUUCAAGCGUGCUGCCGCUAUUGGCCAAGAUAUGAGCAUGAAUGCUGCAAGACGUCUGACAUCCCACUGGUGGGCAAGACACGGUGCAAAGUCAUACACGUACAUAUUCAACGCUCUUGUCAAUGGCCUACCAUACACUGCAGGAGCGGUCCACUUCCAAGAAGUAGCUUUUGUCUUCUACAACACCGAAGGUCUUGGCUAUCCUCAAAACGGCAAUCCGAACCCCUUGGGCGGACCCGCGCGUGAAUCGCUCGUCACUCUCGCAAAGCAAAUGUGCCGUAUGUGGGUCAGCUUUGUCAACUACGGUGACCCGAACAUGCAUCUUGGCGAGCCUUGGGUAGCUGUCGAUCCAGAUGAGCCUGAGUAUUACUACUUCCAGCAGAACACUACUUCAGUCUCUUUGCCUGAUCUUGUUCGUGCUGAAGGUGUGAGCUAUUGGGAGGAGCUUAUCAUGGCUCGUAAAGGUACCAACUGCACUGGUAUUGUUGCCUGUGGCAGCACUUACGAUGGUGAUUUUGGCAACCUCUGA